CACACCCCCAAAUAAGGAAAAAGAAGAAUUCAAAAAAAAAAAAAAGAAGAAAUUUUUAAUCGCCUCCUACACCUCCUCGAUCCAAGAAGAGGGUCGUCGAUCCGAGAUCCGAGGGCCAGUUCGAGGGAUCCGAGAUCAAGCGCCGCGGCGGCGGCGGAGGCGGCGGCGGCGGCGGAGGCGGCGGCGGCGGAGGAAGGAUCGGCGGCGGAGAUGUUGCCGGAGGUGGGUGCGGAGGAUGAGGAGAAAUGGCUCGCCGAGGGCAUCGCUGGGCUCCAACACAACGCCUUCUACAUGCACCGCGCCCUCGAUUCGAACAAUCUGAAGGACGCCCUCAAGUUCUCCGCGCAGAUGCUCUCGGAGCUCCGCACCUCCCGGCUCUCGCCCCACAAGUACUACGAGAUGUAUAUGCGGGCAUUUGAUGAGCUGAGGAAGCUGGAGAUGUUCUUCAGGGACGAGACCGCGCGCGGCAGCUGCUCCGUCAUCGCUCUCUACGAGCUCGUGCAGCAUGCAGGGAAUGUCUUGCCCAGGCUGUAUCUCCUCUGCACAGUGGGUUCUGUAUAUAUAAAAUCAAAAGAGGCCCCUGCCAAGGAUGUUCUUAAAGAUCUUGUAGAAAUGUGCCGCGGAAUUCAGCAUCCACUUCGUGGGCUUUUCUUGAGGAGUUACCUCUGUCAAAUUAGCAGGGACAAGCUGCCAGAUAUUGGUUCUGAGUAUGAAGGGGACGGUGACACUGUUAAUGAUGCUGUUGAAUUUGUUCUCCAAAAUUUUAUAGAAAUGAAUAAACUCUGGGUCAGAAUGCAGCAUCAGGGACCUGUUCGGGAGAAGGAGAAGAGGGAAAAGGAAAGGAGCGAACUUCGUGAUCUUGUGGGUAAGAAUCUUCAUGUUCUAAGUCAGAUAGAAGGUGUUGACCUUGAGAUGUACAAAGAAACUGUUCUUCCUAGGGUGUUGGAACAGGUUGUUAAUUGUAAGGAUGAACUGGCCCAAUAUUACUUGAUGGAUUGCCUAAUCCAAGUCUUUCCGGAUGAGUACCAUUUGCAGACUCUUGAAACAUUAUUAAGUGCAUUUCCCCAGCUUCAGCCAACUGUCGAUACCAAAACAGUGUUAUCACAGCUUAUGGAGAGACUGUCAAAUUAUGCAGCUUCAAGUGCAGAAGUACUUCCAGAGUUCUUGCAAGUUGAAGCUUUUGCAAAAUUAAGUAGUGCCAUAGGAAAGGUGAUAGAAGCACAGGUUGACAUGCCAGUCGUUGGCGCAAUAACUCUAUAUGUAUCCCUUCUAACUUUCACUCUCCGUGUGCAUCCUGAUCGGCUUGAUUAUGUGGAUCAAGUGCUGGGUGCAUGUGUCAAGAAACUUUCCAGUAAGGCAAAACUAGAGGAUAGCAGGGCCACUAAGCAAAUUGUUGCACUCUUGAGUGCUCCAUUGGAGAAGUACAAGGAUAUUGUCACUGCAUUAAAGCUCUCAAACUAUCCUCGUGUUAUGGAUCACUUAGAUAAUGAGACAAACAAAGUAAUGGCAGUGGUUAUCAUCCAAAGCAUCAUGAAGAACACUACCUGCAUAGAAACUGCUGACAGAGUUGAGGCUUUGUUUGAAUUGAUAAAAGGGCUUAUAAAGGAUAUGGAUGGGACUCGAGAUGAUGAGCUUGAUGAAGAAGAUUUCAAGGAGGAACAAAACUCAGUUGCUCGUCUCAUUCAUAUGCUGUAUAAUGAUGACCCGGAUGAGAUGUUGAAGAUUAUAUGCACUGUUCAGAAGCAUAUUCUUCUUGGAGGUCCUAAGCGUCUACCUUUCACUGUGCCUUCCUUGGUCUUUUCUGCACUUAAGUUGGUUAGACGUUUACAAGGUCAGGAUGGAGAUUUGGUUGGCGAAGAAGUCCCAGCAACGCCUAAGAGAAUAUUUCAAAUUCUACAUCAGACUAUUGAGGCAUUGUCAACCAUUCCUUCUCCAGAACUUGCACUGAGGUUAUUCUUGCAAUGUGCGGAGGCUGCCAAUGAUUGUGAUCUUGAACCUGUUGCAUAUGAAUUUUUCACUCAAGCCUUUAUACUAUAUGAAGAGGAAAUUGCAGAUUCAAAAGCACAAGUGACAGCAAUACACUUAAUCAUAGGAACUCUGCAGAGGGUGAAUGUCUUUGGGGUUGAGAAUAGAGAUACCUUAACACACAAGACCACAGGGUACUCCGCGAAACUUCUAAAGAAACCUGAUCAAUGUAGAGCUGUUUAUGCAUGUUCGCAUCUCUUCUGGGUUGAUGAUCAGGAUGGAAUAAAGGAUGGCGAAAGGGUCCUCCUCUGCCUAAAGCGUGCCUUGAGGAUAGCAAAUGCCGUUCAACAGAUGGCAAGCGCUACAAGAGGCGGCAGCGGAUCUGUCACAUUGUUCAUCGAAAUACUGAACAAGUACCUAUACUUCUUCGAGAAAGGAAACCCUCAGAUCACAAGUUCUGUGAUUCAAGGGUUGAUCGAGUUGAUCGUGACCGAGAUGCAGGGUGAGAGUGCAACGUCCGAUCCAUCUGCGGAUGCUUUUUUCGCCAGCACGCUGCGAUAUAUUCAGUACCAAAAACAGAAAGGCGGAUCUAUGGGUGAAAAAUAUGAGCCCAUAAAGGAACAGAUACUGCUACUCGGAACGUCUCAAUCGUCACGGGGAACUUUUCAAUGAUUCGUCGUGUUUGGUUGGAGUAAAUACACAACCUGCGUAGAUUGAUCAAGUUAAAGUUUCGAGCUUGUUCGAUGCAGGAAAUGUAUUAGGUUAUCGGAUCAUGCCUUUUUUCUUUCUUUUUUUUGGUUCCUUUUUCUUGUUGAGAUGUGAUAUUCUUAUAUAUCCUUUUGUCUCUUAUUUCUUUGAAUAAAUGAUUGUGCCUCACAAGUUGUGUGCUCGCCUCUUUUCAAAUUCGUGUGUGGAAUCACUUGCUCGUUCAGAAAGGAAAAACUGUAGCUAUAUAGCA